AUGGUACGGUCCAGAAAACCAAAUCUUGGUAUCACGAAUGAUAUAGAAAUCCCACAAAAGUAUAAAAUCACUGUCCUGUUGAUAGCGCUAUCCGCCUUUCGUAUAGCCUGCGUGCAGAUAUUUAAAAAAUUCGGGUUGAGGCUGCACGCAGGCUACCUUUCGUACAACCGGCAGGUCUGAACAUCAAUAAUCAUUUUCUCUUUGGCGUAGCGAUUAAGUACUAAACAUACUUUUAGUUUGUUGAUUAAGAAAGGUAUCAAAAAUUUAAAAUUAAAAAAAUCUAACAUACUAAUAUCUCGUCUUAAAAAUAGUUCACAACAUAAUGGACCAUUUGCAUUAUAGACUAAAUUCUGAUCUAGACAAGUCCAGACAAAAAUUUCAUCACAGCUUGAAAGAGCAUCACAAAUUUAGUAAUAUUCCAAACUUUCGUUGCGAAAUGUUGUAAAAUGCGGAUAAUAUAGCCUUGCGAAGUUUGCCGUUUUUCAGUCAUUUUGUAUUACGCACGGGAAAUUGACAACCCAAUUGGGUGUUGGGGCAUCAAUUUCCCGUUUGUAAUACAAAAUGACUGAAAAUUGCAAAUUUCGCAAGGCUAUAUUAUCCGCAUUUUACAACAUUUCGCAACGAAACUUUGGAAUAUUACUAAUUUUGUAAUGCUCUUUCAAGUUGUGAUGAAAUUUUUGUCUAGACCAAAAUUUAGUCUAUAAUGCAAAUGGUCCAUUGCCUUCGGUAUAUGAGCCUUAUAUGGGCUCAUCAUUCCUACAAUCCUUUAUACCUGAUUUUGUAGUUAUUUAACUAUACAAUCUUAAGUAUAUUUGUGCAUAAACUCAGGUUGUAGGCGUAAGAAAGAUGAUGUGCAUGUGGUCUUUCUCUUUAGGAUAUCCAGUAUAAUGAACAUUCAUCAGAUGCGAGAUCGGACAUUGAUCAUUUUUCGUACCAGGUAAGUACCAGACACAUAAACGAAAACGAAUAAUUGGAUUACUGUAAAUGAUCGAAUAAACGCUUGCACUCUAAUAAACGCCCCGUUCAAAUUAACAUUUUGCGAUACACGCCCCUCUCUAUUAAACGCCUAAUCUCUAAUAGCUUAAGGGUCACCCGAAAAAGUAUGACGUAUGCAUCAAUAGAAUUGGAAAUCUUAUUUAUACGCUUACUACUAUAUGUUUGUUCUCUGGACGGAAUUCACGUUUAACUCUAUUUUGACAUGGAAAUUGAGACAAAAUAUUCAGAUUGGAAACUGUACGCAAUAUAUAUAUAAUGUAUCGAAUUUAAAUUAAAUAAUACUGAUUCGGCGUACAUAUGUAACCGAAAAAGCAGAAAGUAUAAAAGUCAAAAAGCACAAAGUGUACCUGUCGUUAUUUGUUCUAGAAAUUCUACUUUCACUGUAUUGAGCACAAUUAUUAUAUCGUAUUAUACAGUAGCUAUAUAUAUUCGAAAUCAACCGAAAGUGCAGGCUAAUCGAUCAUUCCUAUUUAUAAAAGUGAACUUGACUGAGUAAAUAAUUCUCGACAAAAUCAAUUCCAAUUUGAGAGAAAUUUUAAACGUAAACAAUGGGGCCAAUGGAAAAACACGCAAAAAGUAAUUGAAUGGUUUGGCUGCAUUUAAUCAUGCAGUAAUGAAGAAAAACAACACGCACUAUCUCUGAUCGUUUGAUAUAUCAUUGAUUUCUAUCCAUCAUUGGAGAACCAAGCAUCAUUAUCGCUUCAAAUUUAUAUAACCCAUGCAAAGAUGAAAUUUCAACAAAAAAUAUUAGGAAAUCACUACUUUGCAACAACGGAAAACCGCGUGGAUAAAAAAGGACAGCGGUUGGUGACCUUGUAUAUACCAUAUAUAGGCCUUUCGUAUUAAAGCAUCAGUGUGGAAAUGGCGGCCUGUAUAGAGACGACAAUAUUGGCAAUCGUAUAUAUAAAAUACGAGUCAGCACGUUUGACAGAAAUUGCAUAUGCGUUUUAACAAGCAAGUUUUAAGAUUGACAAAAUUAUACUGAAAUCUUGUCUAUACUUUCUUCCAAAUAUCGAACCUUCUGUACGUUAUAUCGUUUAAUUUGAGUACUUUUUGUUUUGAAAAUAUUUCAGUAUAGUGUGGUUUCAGUAUAUCACUCUCGCUUGUAUUUGCAGUCAUGCCAAUUAAUGCAUUGUUUGGUAUUAUUUGUAUUACUUAUGGUAAAAGUUGCCUUGCAUGUAUGUCCUUUGUCAUGCAUAAUUGUUUCUGAAGUGGGUAUAUACUUUCUUGAAUCUUGGUCCUACAACUGUGUAUUCUCAAAUAUUACUUUGCUUCUGUUUCUGCACAGGAUACAAAAUAUGAAUGCCAACGCCGUACCCCGCUGAAUCACCACAAUAAGAAAUUUACUGUAAGUACAUGAAUUUUACACUCAAUCAUUUUUAGUCAAUGUAUUGUUGAGAAAUGAGAAUGUUUAAAAACAGUCAGUGAGGCAGAGACCAGAGUUCAAUAUUGCUAUACAUAUGUGUGUGUAUUUGAUCUGUUGUAGUGCAUAUGAUAUUAUAAUUAUCUUCUUAUUUUUAUUGUCUUAAACGAAAGAAUUGUUGAAUAGGUAUAUUUUAAAAAUCAUUAAUAAUUCAUGCCUGAGGAAGAGACAAAGGAAAUCACUGCCGUGUCGGUGGUUUUAUAUAUAUGAUUUUUGUUCAUUUACAUAAACGUUACCUUUGAUUUUCUCGGCUUAGACAACGUUUAUUUUUAAAAUCACUUCGCCAAUGAACUCUUUAUAGAUGGGUCGUUUUUUAAGCCAUUAUUUUUUUAAAACACGCUCGUAUAGUCCGUGCUUCAUCAGAUAUAAAACACUUGAGGUGCAUGCGCUCUCGUGUUUUAUAAUAUCUGAUUCAGCACUCCUGCUCGUGUUUUAUAAUAUAGUUAAUAUCUGAUAAAGCACUCCUGCUCGUGUUUUAUAAUAUAGUUAAUAUCUGAUUCAGCACUCCUGCUCGUGUUUUAUAAUAUCUGAUUCAGCACUCCUGCUCGUGUUUUAUAAUAUAGUUAAUAUCUGAUAAAGCACUCCUGCUCGUGUUUUAUAAUAUCUGAUUCAGCACUCCUGCUCGUGUUUUAUAAUAUCUGAUAAAGCACUCCUGCUCGUGUUUUAUAAUAUCUGAUUCAGCACUCCUGCUCGUGUUUUAUAAUAUCUGAUAAAGCACUCCUGCUCGUGUUUUAAAGCCUGGUUGCCAUAUUGUCGUAAUGGUUGUAAAAAUGGAGUCACGAUCUUUCUCAACGGCCAGUUUAUUAUAACCUGAUCAUGGAUGUAAAACAUAUAAAUCAUAUAUAUAUAUAUAAGUAUUCUCUUACUAGUUAUAAUCUUAUAAUCUAGUUAUAAAAAUAGGUACGCACUGCGUACAUGUGGCUAGCCUAUUCAGCCUCUUUAAUACGGCAGGAGUUCACAUUCAUAACAAACAUUCAUUGUGAUCCAAAAUUAAUAAUUACAAUAGAAUAUAAUGGUCAAAAUAAAACAGAUGCAGUAUCUUUCUUGCAGUGUCAACAUAUGGCUAUAACAAUCACUCGAUUUAAAAGCAAUGGUUGAUAGCAAUGGUGUAGCGAACAACAUUAUUGAGUCACACUUUAAUUAUUAAAUGUUUUGUUUUAAUAAUAAGCAUAUACAGCAACUAAUGAUGUCAAUUUAUUGCUUUUCAAAAUUUCAUUCUACAAAAAUAUAAGGCCAUAUAUAUUGUAAGAGGUAUUGUUAAUGCAUGUCUAAACAAUCCAGUAAUUCAUUUAUAUUUCAUUGCAUGGGUUUCUUGUUACAAGUAUAUUCUGGUAUCUGGUUUAAAAGUUAUUAGCUUUUCUUGAAUUGUUGGCAUCGCAACCUUUAAAUAAAUUCAAAGUUCUUCAACAAUAUAAUAUCUAAUACUAGAUAGAGUUUUAAACAUUUUUUUUUAUUUAUUGUAAGAUCUAACAGCAUCGGAAUUUUAUUUUAUAAUGAACUUAUCCGACCAAUCUAUCUAUCAUGUCAUCACCACUAAAACGUUUGUCUGAUACUUGUACUGCCCUGCUACUUGCACAUUCUGAUCUUCCUAUUUUAUCCAAUAUUAUCACCAGUCACCUAUUAUCAGUCACCAUGAUUUUGAAUUGUGCUUUUAUCUGAAAAUUGUUUAAAAAGAACAAAAUAUUUAGCUAAGGCAGAUCAUAAGACUGAAAUUUUGUAAAUGAUACAGGUAUAAAUUUAAACAAAAUGACAUAGCUAUAAAAGUAUGAACAUGCUACUCAUUCCAUUGACACUGCUGUUAUUAAAAUGCUGGAAAGAAAUGUUGAGACUUGUCGAUAUGAUCUCAGCACAAUGGCUGUUUGUUUGCUUUUUCAUAUACCUAACCCUCACAACUGCAAGGUUUAGUGUUGUAUGGUGAUUGCACUGAUCUUCAGGGACUUGCAAAGUAUCUGAAGUUGGGGGAGGUCAGAGCCAGAGGAUUUACCUGAAAUUUGAACUUCAAUGUUAAAAAUUUACCUGAUGUGUAAUAAUUAUAAUAGAGCUCUUUCUGAUUGAUUUCCACUAUCAUACUAAGUUCCAAAGAAAAUUAUGAGGGGUCUGGGACCCCCCAAAUUUUUUUUACAUUUUUGAAGCUCCAGGGCUGCAUUUCUGGCAUUUUCUAAUGCAAAUUUGCAAACAAAUAACAUUUUAACUAACAAUAAACAAAAUACAUUUCCACUAGAUUAUUUCCAUCUACAAGAUCCUUCAACUGUACGUAAACAGAUUGAGCUUGCACUGUGUGUGAAAUUGUGGUGGGACACAAUCCUUGAACAAUAGAUCUCAACAAUAGCACCCAUAUUUGCAGUCAGAGCGAUGUCAGUGACUACAAUAGUAAUAUAAAAUAGUCCAGCCUGUUUUCGGUGUUUAAUAAUAGACAAUUCCCAUUAUAGACUGAUUUUUUAUUAGUAAAAUUGCAAAGUUUGGUUGCGAAAUGUUGUAAAAUGCGGAAAAUGUAGCCUUGCAAAGUUCGCAAAUUUUGUAUACUUUUGUAUUGCGUGCGGAAAUUGGAAUACAAAAGUAUACAAAAUUUGCAAGGCUAUAUUUUCGGCAUUUUACAACAUUUCGCAACCAAACUUUGCAAUUUUACUCAGUUUAGUAUGCUCUUUCUAGCUGUGGUGAUUUGUUUGCAUCUCCAUGCCUAGUUUUAAAGUUAGUCUAUAUAAAUGGCGAUUGUCCAUUGUAAUUUUAUACCUGCAAGUUGAUACAGCAACGGGCUUGCUUCUUCAAUUAAAUACUCGCACAAUGGUAUAUUAAAAUUCAAGAUCUGUGCAAGCAGGUUAAAUUAUAAACAGGAUUAUGAAGUAAUAAAGCUUUACAUGAAGCGUGCGGAUCAAAAUCUCUUAGACAAGAGGCAGAGUCCAGCUAGAGUUGUCCAGAGCAGACAUGAAUAGCAAUGUUUUUAUUUAUAAAUGACAUAUUCGCAAAUUAUAAACACAUAUAUAUCGACUGCAAUAACUUACCGUUUCCUUUAAGUGAAAAAUUCCAACGACAGUUUCCGAAGUGAAGUCGACAAUUUCCGUCACAACUCUUACAAAGUUUUUUAGCGUUACAUAAUGGCUAGCCCGCGAACGGGCUAGCCACAAAAACUCGUCUUUUCAGUUCUGGUGAUCAUGGAUGUAAAACAUAUAAAUCAUAUAUAAGUAUUCUCUUACUAGUUAUAAUCUUAUAAUCUAGUUAUAAAAACUCGUCUUUUCAGUUCUAAAAUAUUCUAUUUCGGCUGAUGAGAAAGAUCGUGACUCAAUCUUUACGACUCAUGAGGAAAGACAAAUGAAAUUACAGCCGUGUCGGUAGUUUUAUAUACAGGGUGUCCCAAAAAACCCGAAAACUAUUGAAAUAAAAUGUAUUGUUAGAAUUUGAAUGCCUCGGCACUUUGGUGAACCCACACGUGCAUCAAAGCUUGACAUAAGUAAAUUGUAUGCAUAAAGAAACCGUUAGGAAGCUGCUUUAAAUUCCCAACAGCAGAAAAUCGUGCGCUUUACAAAGAUAUUUUAAUUUCUUAAUAAGUCAAUAUUUAAUAUAUGCACCCUUGUCAAUAUUUUACCCAUCUUUGCGUUCAGCUUAGUGCUAGGGCAUUCAAAUUUUAACAAUACUUAUUUCAAUGGUUUUCGUUUUUUUUGGGACACCCUGUAUGAUAAAAAAUCAAUAUUGACAUGUUAAUUUACAUAAACUUUAGCUUUAAUUUUCUCGGCUUAGACAAUUAACAUUUAUUUUAAAAAUUACUUCGCCAAUGAACAACUCAUACGAUGGUCGUUUUUUAAAUCACUUAAAGCACGCGUAGGAGUGCUUUAUCAGAUAUAAAACACUCGUGCUGCGCACUCGUUUUUAUAUCUCAUGAUAAAACACUAUAUAUGCGUGCUUUAAAACAUGCAUAGAACGCAGCUAUAUUGAACUAACCCGAUCCAUAUACUUAAUCCACCAUUGCAUGUGUAAGACUGCUACAUUUCAGAAAUCUUUUUUGAACAAAUCUUGCCGUGUCUGCAUGGAAUGUCCUGACAAGUGUUGGUGAUAAUUUCAGUAGGCCCUACCUUCGUUGGGAAGUUAGUAGCGGGAUAGGGAAAAUCAUACCUGUAUCAAUCCGAAACUUUGUUAUUAUUAACACUAUUUUACAUGUAUAUGAUUUCUCUGUAUUGGAAACGUGUAAAACAGUACAUAUUAUACAGGGUAUAUAAGAAUCAAAGGCCGUUGAGACCGACUCACGGACAAGAUCAAAUGAAAGUGACAGAAAGAAUUAGAGCAGUUUGCAGUUGUUUUUGCAAACCGGGCACCGUGCGAAUUUUGUUAUUUCACAUCAUUUGCCAAAUCACAAAAGAACGAACGCGUGCUCCAGCCCGAUUUCCGGUUCUGAAAGGCCCGAUUCGUAGGCAAACAGUGCGCGCUAAGCAGGCUGGUCAUUUCCCAUUGUUUAACUGCCCCAGUUCUUAAAAGUACACAGUUCUAAAAUGUCACUAUUAAAACCGAAAAUUCCUCAAAAAUUUGUGGCAACUUUAUGUUAUUAUGGGUAAUUUGGGAUCUUCUGGUUUUUGUUCUGAAAAGUACAUUUUCGAGUGCAACAUGGUUGUUUUCCAAAACUAUACUUUAAGAUGACUUGCGCACAAAAUGGUAGGUUUAAAUUCGAGAAAGGCUAUAGCAAAAAGUCCACGUUUUAUAGAGGUCGCGCUUUGGACAAAUAAUGUUUAUCAAGUUGUCUGGUAUUGUACUUUGAUAUAGUUCAUAUAUAAGACACCUUCAAUUCAAAUUGCGUUUCAAAUUUACCAUAUUUUGCUCAAACCAUUUUUAAAGUGGUUUUAAAAACAGCCCUGCUGAACUCAAGCAUUUACUUUUCAAAAUUAAUUUGGUGAUAGAGAUACAGACCACAAAUUUUGCCAUUUUAGAACAUGUGUAAUUUUGUUAUACACCCUGCAUCUAUAUAGCUUAUAUAUAUAUAUAACCUUGUACUGAAGAUGGCAUAAAAUAAAGCCGAAGCACGUUUACAAUUAAAAAUUCCUGUCGUAUAUUAUUCCUAUAUAUGUAUAAAAGUUGCUUUAUUAAGUUUAAGUGCUAACACAAUAAUUUGGAAAUGCAUAUUUUACAGGAAGCUUUUGAAAUCUUAGAAAAACAUGCAAGCUACAUUGAUCGUGAACAUGGAGAAUCACGAGCACUUGCGUUUAGAAAAGCUUCGUGUGCUUUGAAGUCAUAUCCCAGGUGAGUGUUAUAUACAUUUAUAGGAGGCGCAAUAUCACGUUUACUCCAACUGACACACACCAUUUUCCUGCAAUUUCUAAGGAACAGUUUUAGAAGAAAGAAACGACAAUAUACGUACAAAAAAAACCAUGGAAACCUGAGUGUACUGAACUAUUAUUAAUAUUCUGUUGUGGAAUACAUGCAGUCUAUAACCCAUCACGUUGUAUGUUUAAGUUUGCAGUUCAGGAGUUAAAGAAACCAACUAUAGAGCCAUGGUGAAGGACACGAUGACUAAUUCAUAAUUCAUCAUAUCAGAAAUUCAUAUUAGUUAAUUUGCAUGCAUGCACUCUCAAAUUAUUUUCCAAAUUUUGGUUGAAAUGACCUUCGGCUUCGAUUUUUUUAGGGAAAUUACAAGAAUAGAUGAGAUAUCAAAGAUAACACAUGUAGGAGAACAUUCAUUGAGAGUUAUAACGGUAUUUGACGUGCUCUCCCUUGUUACAUCUUUUAAAUUUAUGCAUUUGAAAUAAAAUAUUGCAUGGGCAUAUAAUUUAUAUGCAGUUAGGUGGAAACAGACUCUCCCUCAGACUGAUAAAUCGAAGUUAAAUGAUACUAAUAGUCCUCACUUUUAUUCCUAUGUUAAAAUGUUUAGUCUCAACGAUGAGGCUCUACGUAUUGCCUAUUCGUAUAACGAAAUUAUUAAAACAUCGUGUUGUACUGUAGUUAUAAUGCCAGCAUUGCAUUCUUGAAACAUAUUACGAAAGAAUGAUGUCCAAUUUUCAACCCGUGUUCACUUUUUCCUGGACAUUCUAGCAAGCGUACGACAAUAUCAAAACUUUAUUCAGUUCUUGGCCAAGAGAAGAGUAAUCUCGUCUAGAAUUGGAGCAACAUACACGAAACAUGCCCAGAAUUAUCUUCACGUGACCAAUUAUUUCCUCGUGAAUUGUAAAUGGUACCUAUGUAUACUGAAAAUACGGUUUUAUUAUACUAGGACAUUCUGGAGAAUGGCUACUCUGAGGAAGUCCAGGAUAUUAUCUCGUGUGAGAUGUUCCACGUUAUUGAGGUUAUUUUUCAAUCUUUUUCAUCUGUUUUAUUGCGAUUUCCAGAAGUACGGAAAGCCAGAUCUUCACAACGUGCUAAUUUUUGGUUUAUCAUUUAGCUAUUUACAGGAAUAUAUGGAUGUGGUCCUUCAACUGCUCACAAGUGGUAUAGUUUAGGCCAUAGGACGACACAAGAUAUUAAAGAUAACGCCGAAAUCCUAAAUCUCAAUGUUCAGCAGAAGUAUGGUGGGUGAUAAUUAAUAUGUUGGUGAUUUAUACGAUCAGAUCUUAACUCAUUCCCAUGUAAGAGUCCCAAGAGGGAGAACAGUUGAAAAAAAACCCCGCCCAGAAGCCUUCAGUUGUUCUCAUGAAUCGUCAGCGCAUAGCCUUUCUUGAUUCAUGAGAGCGAAGCUUCCAGGCGAGUGAAGUAUUCGCGUGACGUAAUUAUUGAAAGGAGGAAACAGGGAUUCCCGAAGAAAACCAGCGGUGUUGUUUGGUAAAGUCGAACUAGAACAUCACUCUUUCCUAUGCAAAUGAGGCAAUUGCAUAUCAGAAAUGGAACCCAGUCGUUCGCAGAACUGAAAUGCAUUAUAAUUACUGUGUUACCAACACAAGCUGUCUCAGGCAAAAUCGAAAAAAGAAUCUGUGUUUCUCAACUACAGGACACUCGUAAAAGUUAUUUAAGACUUGGGAACAAAUUGUAGUAGUUAUGUCUUCAUACUAAUAGCAAGAUGCACUUCUUGCUGUGACAAAUUUAGAGCACGUUGUUGUGAACCUUGAAAAAAAAGCUCGUCAAGCGGCUACAGCCGGAUUGUUCCAUGAAAUCUGACAUUGAUUGUCGAGACAAAUCUUGCCAGAUUGUUCAACUCUAUUUAGGCAAAACCAUGCGGCAUUACAAAUUUGGAAAAUAAUGGAAACGUUUGCCGAAACAUAAUGGAAUUCGCAUAUUCUUGACAGAAUACUUUGCUUUUUAAUACGUUAAGGUUUAUUUGAGUUAGACUCAGUUGUUCUCAUUGUUUAGGUGUGGAGUUUUAUGACGAUCUAAACGCCCCAGUUGAUAUGCCAGAUGCCUUAAGAAUUCAACGUCUCGUUGUAGAGCAGGUAAACAACGUAAUAUAUUUAUAGCCAAUUUCUAUAUAAAUUAUAUAUUUAUAGCCAAUUUCUAUAUGUAUACAUAAAUAUAGGCAGUUUAUAUGUAUAGGCAAUUUCAGUUGCAUAUAGGUAGAUUUAAUGUGAGCAUAUAAAGAGUAGUUGACAACCAGAAGUUUCUAACAUCUAGAAAAUUCAGCAGUGAGGAUUUAGAAGCAGCAAAUCGCUGUAGACAAGUGUCAUUCCUGAGUACGUAAAGGCAUUUUGUCCAUUCUCCUCUUCUCACCUCACUCCAUCACUAAGCUACGAUCAAGGUCAAGACAAAUAUCACUAUAAUCCUUGUUAUACCACAAAUUUAUCUUUUCAUAUAUUUAGUUUUUACUCUUGAUUCCAGCUUGAUUUAAUCCAGCCUAGUUGUUCUGCCGAAAUUGUUGGUGGCUUUGGCAGGUAUAGUAUUAAAUGAUAUCACUGGUUUAAUUAUUGUUAUUUGCAUGCUAAUUAGCUGUUCCCCUGUUUCAGGAAAUAACUCUUGAAAUUUCAUUGUAGGGGUAAACAAUGCGGUCACGACAUUGAUAUUCUUAUUUCGCACCCAGAAGAAGACAAAGUUGAAGGCUUGCUUGUUAAAUUAGUUAAUCGCUUGACUACGUUGGUACGUAACAUAUAAGCUAAAUUCAAAGGAAUUUUUCUUUGAAUGUCAAAACUGAAAACUACAAAACCUCGACUUUUAAGCGUGUAAAGCACAAUAUAUAGAUAGACUUGUUUAUGUACAAUCGAGUAUUAAAGAAGGAAUAUGAAAAUGUGUUGUGUAAAAUGCCACUGACGAUAAAAAGUACACACGUUUAUUGUGCUUUUCGCGCUUGAUAUGUAUGUCGGUCGACAUUUUGUUGUUUUUAGAGGCUGUUUAUAUGAGAUAGCCUAGCCUGGGUGUCCGGGCUGACUAAUUUCGUCCAUGGGGGAGGGGGGGGGAGAGGGGACAACCCCCCCAAUAAUUUCCAAAAUCUUUGAUAACUGAAUAAGUUGUGACAAUUAUUUUUCGACCACGAAUGCAUAAUAACAAAAAUUGCAACAAAAGGUGGUCAUAUGGUGGCAACUGCUUGUUGCAAUGGAAAGAUUUUCGUGACACGAAACAGCCCAGAUAGCCGGGCUACAUAUAAACAACCUCCAAAUUUUAACUUUCAAUGGACUUACUUGUAUUACUGUGCACUGUCGUUACUGCUUGUUUUGGUUUAGAUAUUAAAACCACCAGUCUGCCACAUUUCCAUGUCAUGAUAUUCUAUCUCAUUCAUUUAUAGGGUUGUAUGCUCCAUACUGCAUUAUCUGUGGGUAAAAAUGUCGUCCGUAAAGAAACGUUUGUAAAAACUAAAGCAACUCAAACCAGGUUUGUCUCAAUGGUCUCAUUUUAGGUUGUCUGUAUACACGGUAAGUCAUUGUAGGAUGUGACAUUGGCUUCAGUGGCGUAGUCAUUAGAGCAAGCGUCUUUCACCUCGUAGGUUUGAUUCUCGCUACGGACUCAUGUGAACUAUGUGAGACGAGUCUGUCAACGCUCUGCCGAACGUCGUGGGUUUUCUCCGGGCGCUCCGGUUUCCUCCCACAGGGAAUGUUGACAGAGUGGUUUGGAUAAACAAAAUUAGGACAGUAAUAUCACAAUUGUUGUGAAGAUAAAUAGUCCUGGCUAAGCUGGUGAUAUAAGUAAACGUAAUAUUUGAUGUAAUAUGCAUGAUAAUUAUGUAAUAUGUGUUGAGGACUUUUGCUCUUCAUUACUAGGAGUACAAUGGACAAUUUAGACCGAUGUUUUGCGAUCAUGAAAGUUGAAAAAUCUGCAACUGAUAAUGAUUCAUGUAAUUCCUGGAUUGCUCGACGUGUUGAUUUGAUUAUUACACCUUCUUCUCAAUAUGCUUUCUCAUUGCUUGGAUGGAUUGGAUCCAAGGUUCUCUGCUAAAAUAUUGUGAACAAUUAUUUUUGCGUAUAGUUGUCAUAUUUGCAUGCGCCAUGUAUCUUACAACGUGGAAGAUAACAUAUUUUAUACCAUACCAUACCAUACCUUACCAUACCAUACCAUACCAUACCAUACCAUACGCUACCAUACCAUACCAUACCAUACCAUACCAUACUAUACCAAGCUUACAACACAAGUUUAAUUUUUACGGUUCUACUAAUUUAACGUCAAUGCCUUCAAUAUCUCAAACAGCAAUUUAACCGAUCAUUAAGACUUUAUGCUUGGAAAGAAAUGAAGAUUCAUCUCAAUAGCCAUGGAAUGUGGGAUCAUAAAUUAACGGUGAGCCGAAACCAAAUUUCUAACUCUCUUUCUAGACAAAUACACUUUUCACACCACCCUUUAGCGACUUUGAGGUGUCGUGCAAAUAUAUAGGAAGAAGCUAUAUAAGGAGAAUUUCGAGCGAAGGCCCUUCAUCUGGAGUUACUAGCCAGUUACUAUCAUUUGAUUGGCACUACCUACACUGGCAAAGACAGUUAAAAAAAUAUAGGAAGAGACGAAGAGUACAUUUAGACGGCUAGCCAGCCGAUCAAAAUACGACUGUCGAUGGCAUUUUUUGUUACAAGCAAACAACAAGCGUUUUCUUAUAACUUAGACACUGGUAAGUCACGUUUGAUAUGUUGCCACCUCUGAUUUUGACGAACGAAGAGAAAAUUUUAAGCAUUUGAAAAUUUACAUAUACUCUCCCCAAAAAUGUGAAAUUUGAAGUUCACUUAAAUUAGCAUCGUUUAUAUCGUUAGAAAGAGCAUAAAAAAGUAUAUAUAAGACAUUUAAACGAGUAUAAUACGAUUUAUUUAGCCAAAUAUCUACUUUUUUCCGACUUUUCUGUUUAUAGGUGAUUUUUGCUGAAAGUUGGUUUCAAAUUUCACAGUUUAGUGAAUAUAGCAAUUUUAGCAGGCAAAGUUUUCAGAUUCUCAAAAUUUUUCACUUUAAAGCCAAUAUCAGAGGUGGCAACCUAUCAAACGUUGUUCUCCAGUGUCUAAGCUAUGCCAGUUGCCAGCUUGUAACAAAAAAUGCCAUCAAUGGCAUUUUAGAGACACUUUUAUUGAGGUUGGCUGGCCGUCUAAUUAACGGUACUCCGGUUUACGCCUAAUUAGCACAAAAACCGGUUGUUCAAAGCUAGAUUAGCGCUAAUCCUCGUUUAAAGUUUAACCCGCUGUUUUAGUUUGUAUUUCUGCAUGUCUGUUUAUUUCAAAAUGGCAGAGAAGGAACUCCUACUGAAUCAGACUCCUACUGAGUACUGAGUCAGACUCCUACUGAGUACUGAGUCAGACUCCUACUGAACUCGGCUUUCGGACAACCGGCCCCUGUUGGAUAAAAUACAUUUUAAACAAUUCUCUGUGCAGUGUAUUUUACAUCGCACGUAACAAGGCUUGCCUCGUGUAAACAAAGCAGCCGGGAACUGAGUAUAUAAUAGUUUUAAUCACUGUGGUGUUAUCAACAUUUCGACCCUCCGUCACUUGAAACGUUAAGUGUUUUUAGUAUUUUUCAAUUAGCUCACAGGCCUACUCAGGUUUCCUCCUGUGGUAACACACUGUACCACUGUAGAGUCACUGUAAAUAGUAGAAUUUAGAGACCACGGAACUAACAGAUUUAUCCUGUAUAAAUCAAGCUGGUUUAAUUAUUAAGCGCUGUGCCAGCGGAUGCAAGUACAGGCUGUACAUACUCACCACUUGUUAUAUCCUACAUUUAACAAGGCUUACAAACCUCACAGAGCAAGUUAUGUUUUUGGACGGUUGUAAUUUUGUAACUAUAUUCCUUUACCUAGCCUCCGAAGCGUAUCCUUGCCACAGAUGAGGAAGAAAUUUUCAAAGCUCUUCACCUUGACUUUGUCGAACGCAAAGAUCGAAACUGUUAGAUUAUAUCGCAGCUAUUUUGACGUACACAUAGCAAUACAGUCACGUGAUUUAGCUCUGCAGCGAGAUAUAAAAUAAUGCGUCCUCCUUUUGUCCACCUUUGUGCGUAUACCCGGACAAUCUUCCAGUCGAUCAAGCCACUACUACUUUUUAUGAAACGGUUUCCUUUUUAAGUGAGACUAGCACCCGAACUUUACUAAGUAGACCACAAUAAGCGACGAUUAAGAGAAUAUGAAAGAAAUUACCCGCAUCCCUCGUAUAGAAGAGGCAGCGACAAAAGAAACAAUAGAAUCGUGAAAUAGGACAUUUAUUUUCACACAACGCCAACGGAUACACGUUCGUACCAUAUGAUUCAUAGGCUAAUAGCACAUGUAAUCUCGUGUAUGGAAUUUUUAUUUGAAUAUUUAUUCUAGACUAUUUUUAGUAUGUUUAUUUACAAGAAAUGUAGGGUAUAUAGCUAUAUGAUAUAUAAAAUAUUUUAUUUACAGACUGAUUAUUUUAAUGACUUAUAUUUAUUAGUGUUAAUGUGUUAUAUAGGAACAAUAUAUAGACAAGAGUAAAACACAAGAACGAUAUAAUAUCAUUGUCAAGUAAAAUGUAAUCAGUAUGGUUUCCAAUGCAACUUAGAAAAAAUGUACGAAUGAGUUUUUCAAAGACGAUCAAAACUGAAAAACUCACGAGUAUACGUUUUUCCAAAUUAAUAAGUAUAAUAGUGUAUGGUUUCUCGUGCAGCAACGGACAAUUAGAAAGGGGCGGGGGGAGUUUGGAUACUGUUCGCUCAGUGUGUAUGUUUUUGUCGUGUGAUUUUUUCCAGAAAAUUCAACAUUGAGAUUGUCUUUUAAUAUAGCAGAGAACAAUAUUUAAAAACAUUGUCAUUAAGUUAUAGCCGACUAUGUGAAUCAAAGCGCGUUAUACAUGUUUAUUUUCCUGUUUAUGACUGACUUGUUUAUGUCUGACUUGUUUAUUACUGACAAAAAAAGGGUCCAUGUAUUAGCCCCCCGUAUAUAAGCCCCCCCCCCCCUUGUAUAAGCCUAUCAAAAAUCGCUUACGAAAGUAUAUAAGCCCAGGGCUUAUAGUCGGAGGUUUACGGUAUUUGGAAAGCCAAAAGUUUUUGUGAACUGAACCAUUGUUAUAUUUUCUUACAAAAGUCACAAAAGAAAAAGUCAACCCAUAAGGCCCACACAGACCUGACGCGAUUCCGGCAACGCGAAUUUUCAGUUUUCAAAAACAAAUAAAACCGUCAACGGAUAACCAUUUUACAAGAUAUGCAGACAAACAUUGAAAAAUAUUAAAGUUAAAUGCCAAUGAAAACUGAAAAUUCGCGUCGCGUUGCUAAAUCACGUCCGGUCUGUAGGCUAGUCCUAGGGCGCUUUCCAUUAACACGGCCAGAACGGUCAAAUUGUUGAAUGAAACACAAAACAUUUGGGCUUCGGACCUAUCUGACCGGAAAAUUUAGAUAACAUUAGGAUGAGGUCCAUUUUCGCUAGAUAUUUGAGAAACAUAGACCAGAUCUUUCCAUUGACACAGAGAAAAAAACUCGGGUCCGACCGGUCAGGCCAUGAAAUGGAAAGCGCCCCUAGUUUUUCACAUAUGCGAAGAGCGCUCAAAGUCAGGCUACACGCCUAUCUCGUCCCCAGAGUAUGCCUGUUCGCGGGUUAUGUAGUGGCAUGACCCGCGAACAGGCAUACUCUGGGAACGAGAUUGGCUGCACGCAGGCUAAAUUUUCCGCGCGGAGCGGAAUUUUUCUUUGUCUUGUGAUUUCUCGG